AUGGCACCUACAACGGAGUCUAAGCUGAACAUGGAGGCGUUGAGUAAGCAGGAGGUGCUCCAGCUCUUCUGUGUUCUGGAGGGGGAGCUGGAGGCGCGUGACCUCGUCAUCCACAUGCUUCGGUCCCAGCGGAGAGAUGUGUAUGUGCGGGAGCGAUAUGGGAAAUACGACCUAUCUGACCCCUUCCUGGCCCUGCAGAGGGACGGUGAGGUGCUGCGGGGAACCAGUGCUGAUUCCCCAGCCUCCACUGGUCACCCCUCAAACCCAGUCUCUAUUCUCAGACUGGUCAUCAGUCAGUGCAGGAGGAUGCAGGAGAGAAUGAUGAGACAACUGGCUGCAGCUGAGAGCAGACACAGAAGGGUCAUUGCAGACCUGGAGGAGGAGAAGCGUAAACACGCAGAGGACACGGCUGAGGGAGACGAUGUCACCUACAUCCUGGAGAAGGAGCGUGAGCGACUCCUGCAGCAGCUGGAGUUUGAGAGAGUGCAGGUGCAGUUCACAGAGCGUGAGAAGAGGCGUUUGCAAGAUCAGUUAGAGAAGGAGAAGGUCCAGCAUAAGCAGCUGUCAGCAGCUCUGAGCAGAGAGUGUAAAAGGACAGCUAUCCACGCCCAUGAGGAAGCCCAGCGAGCCAACCAGCUCAGCCGCCAGUUAGACCGCGAGCGCUCCACCAAUCACAGUCUAAAAGCAGAGCUGGAGGCGGAGAGGAGGCGGAGCAUGCUGAUGGAGGCGCGCCGGGAGGAGCAGCUGGCCGAGUUUGACACGGAGCGCGAGCAAUUGAUACUGCAGCUGAAGAGAGAGGAGACAAGGAGUGGGGAGCUGCAGAAGGAGGUUGAGAUGCUGAGGAGAGAGCUGAAGGACCUGAAAGGAGGCACAGGAGCAGAGGAGAGGAGAGUCAACUCCACCCAGCCAAACUCUGGCAGUAUCUGUGCCAGGGAGCAGAAACCACUGAUUCAGCCAAAAAUCAACGGCCAUCACAUCCUGGACACAGGUCCUGCCGAAAGUUUGAAUGGUAACGAAAGUCGAUCCACUGUGUUGCCAACCCCAAGCGAGAGAACACCCACCAUCACCCCUAUGAGCUCUCCAUCUCCAGCAAACCCAUCAGCCAAUGGCUUGUCCCCCUGCCCCUCUCCAGUCCUGCCCCAUCGGCAGAACGAUUCCCUGAGCCUCCAGGCCUCAUACCAGGCUGCCAUCAACCAGCGUUUCCACGCCACACGCCACAGGUUCCAGGCCAACCUGGAGUCAGAGGCCUGUGGCACAGCAGGUCCCACACUACACUCACCUCGUGACCUUUCACCCUGCAUCAUGACACUGCCUGACCACAGCCAGUCCAGAGAACCAGCCUGCAGUUCCGUUCCUCAGGCUCUGAACCGCGUCAGCUCAGGCUCUGGACCUGCCAAGCAGCUGCCUCCAUCCAGCAGCUCUCCCAUUGGCUCAGACCACCACAGCUCCGCCCACUCAGGCAUCUGCUCCCCAACAAUCCCACGGUCUGAAAGGGGGAUCCCACCUCCCAUUCCCCCUAAAAAACCAGGCCUAGCAAAUGCCCCACCCUCCCCAGCGAUACUCAGAGCCGCCCACUUUCUGUCCGCAGGCUGCGGCCGCAUCAGCACCUCGGACAGCACCAAAGAGCUGGACAUGGUAGUGUCAUCCACGGGCUAG